AACAGUUCUCUGCGUGUCGUCGUGCCGGUGUGUCGCGAUUGUUCCGCGCACGAGAGUCGACGGCGCCGUACUGCGUUCGACAUCAAUUUUUUCCGAAUAUAAUACAGUCCGGCGUUUUGACCGCGCCGUAGUUAGUUCUCGAAUAUAUAUAAUAUAUAUAUGUGUGUAUAAAAAAAAAACGAUCAUCUCAAUAGCUAAUAUUAUUAUUGUUGUUUUGUAACCGAGUUAUAUUACGAACUGUGUACCUACUCGUAUCGUGUUUUUAUCCAGGAUUUAUUUUUUUGAAAUUAACUUUUAUAAUGCAAAACCCGGCGGAGAUGGAUUGUGAUUGUUAAAAUAAAAAAUUGUGACAAAAAAGGACAACAGCAUAAACACAGAUGGGGUACAUCACAAUUCUCUUGCUAUAUUGCUUAUCAAGUGCAACAGGUCACUUGAAUGUGUUCAUCAGUCAAAAAGAAGUCAAAAGGAUUAUGGGUCUAUCAUCUGAACUCUACUAUGUUCGUGAUGGGGUUGUAAAUACAUAUGCAAUGAAUUUUGAAGUACCAGUUCCUGCGAACAUUGGGGAACUUGAGUUUUGCUGGCAAUCGCUGACUCGACAUUCG